UUCCGGCGAAGAAGAAGACGGAAAAAGUUCCUAAAGAGUGAAGAAUUCGAUGUCAGCGACUGCUCUCUCGAGAUUAAACCCUGUUUCUCAAUUUGGGUUUCAAAGAAUUGUUGCUGGUAAAAGUAAGAGCUUCUUCUCCAAUUCCGGUGGAAGGAGAUUGUUUUCUGAUAGCUCUCGGUUUCGUCAAGCCAUGGCUGCUUCUGGUUCUUUGCCAGUGUUUGGAGACGCUUGCUUGGAUGAUUUGAUUACAACUUGUUCAAAUGGCUUAGACUUCACUAAGAAGCGUUCUAGUGGUGGUAGCUUCACCAUUAAUUGUCCUGUAGCUAGUAUGAGACUUGGGAAGAGAGUGGGAAUCACGAAGAAUCGAUUGGUUUGUCACUAUUCUGCCAUUGAGUCGCUCGAAAAGAGUCGUGCAUUGUUUGGGACAUUGACUAAGAGUGUUCAUACAUCUCCUAUGGCUUGUUUCUCGGUUGGACCGGCUCAUGAGCUGUCUUCUCUUAACGGUGGUGGUUCUCAAGAGUCACCACCAACUACUACAUCUCUUAAGAGUCUAAGGCUAGUGUCGGGGUCAUGUUAUCUCCCGCAUCCUGAAAAGGAAGCUACAGGUGGAGAAGACGCUCACUUUAUCUGCGAUGAAGAACAAGCUAUUGGAGUUGCAGAUGGAGUUGGCGGUUGGGCAGAGGUUGGUGUUAAUGCCGGACUGUUUUCGCGUGAGCUUAUGUCUUAUUCAGUAUCAGCGAUUCAAGAACAACAUAAAGGUUCUUCUAUCGACCCGUUAUUGGUGCUAGAGAAAGCACAUUCUCAAACCAGAGCCAAAGGCUCAUCCACGGCUUGUAUCAUCGCUUUAACAGAUAAGGGAUUACACGCGAUUAAUCUCGGAGACAGUGGAUUCACGGUGGUUAGAGAGGGAACCACAGUGUUUCAGUCUCCGGUUCAGCAGCAUGGGUUCAACUUCACUUAUCAAUUAGAGAGUGGAAACAGUGCCGAUGUCCCUAGCUCCGGUCAGGUAUUCACAAUAGAUGUUGAGUCCGGAGAUGUGAUUGUCGCUGGAACUGACGGUGUGUAUGAUAAUCUAUAUAAUGAAGAGAUCACCGGAGUGGUGGUUAGUUCAGUGAGGGCCGGUUUAGACCCGAAAGCUACAGCUCAGAAGAUUGCAGAUUUGGCACGUCAGAGAGCAGUCGACAAAAAACGGCAGAGCCCUUUCGCGACUGCAGCUCAGGAGGCUGGCUACAGGUAUUACGGAGGAAAGCUUGAUGACAUAACUGUCGUCGUUUCUUACGUCACCUCAUCUUAAGAGACCAAACUGAUCUUCUGUUUAAACGG